CCAGCUUCUUGCAGAGAACCAUCCGGCGCCAUGAAAAUCAAAGCUCUCUCUCGUCCUACUUCCUCGCAGCAGGCUCCGGGAACCUCUGUCGUUCGACAGCCCCGAAACCUCGACCCGGCGCAGCAUCCAUUUGAACGGGCUCGUGAAUAUACCCGCGCUCUCAAUGCAACCAAGCUAGAGCGUCUUUUCGCCGCGCCCUUCUUGGGUCAGAUGGGCGAUGGUCAUGUGGACGGUGUGUAUACGAUGGCCAAGGACCCUGGCUCUCUGCAGCGGUUCGCCAGUGGCAGUGGUGAUGGUGUGGUCAAGGUGUGGGAUUUGACCACGCAGGGCGAGGUCUGGAACACCCAGGCACACGACAACAUUGUCAAAGGAGUUUGCUGGACUCCCGAUCGGAAACUUCUUUCUUGCGCGAGCGACAAGACUAUCAAGCUUUUCGACCCGUACAACUCGGAGCCGGAAGCGCCGCCGCUAGCGACCUACCUGGGCCAGGGCGCUUUCACCAGUCUCACCCACCACCGGGAUCUCCCUUACUUUGCCGCGUCCUCCUCUCAAAUCUCUAUCUACGACCUUUCUCGUCCCUCCUCUACGCCGUCCCAGACCCUUCACUGGCCUACCAACGUGGACACGAUCACCUCCGUCGCUUUCAACCAGACCGAGACGUCCAUCCUUGGUUCGACCGGUAUUGAUCGCUCGAUUAUCAUGUACGACCUCCGGACAUCGUCGCCUCUCCACAAGAUGACUCUCCGACUGGCGUCGAACUCGAUUUGCUGGAAUCCGAUGGAGGCGUUCAACUUUGCCGUGGCCAACGAAGACCACAACGUCUACCUGUUUGAUAUGCGCAAGAUGGACCGCGCGCUGAACGUGCUCAAGGACCACGUCGCCGCUGUGAUGGACGUGGACUUUAGUCCCACCGGCGAGGAGCUUGUGACUGCCUCUUACGAUCGGACGAUCCGCCUGUGGAACCGGUCGACGGGUCAUUCCCGCGAUAUCUACCACACCAAGCGCAUGCAACGUGUCUUCUCCGUCAAAUUCACCCCCGACAACAAGUACGUCUUGUCCGGCUCCGACGAUGGCAACAUCCGACUGUGGCGCUCGAAUGCAUCCGAGCGCAGCGGAAUCAAGAGCGCUCGCCACCGGGCCAAGCUCGAGUACGACCAGGCACUGAUCAAGAGAUACUCGCACAUGCCGGAAAUCAAGCGCAUCCGCCGCCAGCGUCACGUGCCGAAGCCCAUCAUGAAGGCGCGCGAGAUCAAGCGGGAGGAACUGGGCGCGAUCAAGAGACGCGAGGAGAACGUUCGCCGACACACCAAGAAGGAGAACCUGCCCAAGAGACAGAGCGAGCGCGAAAAGAUGAUCCUGGCGCGGGAGCAAUAAACGCUCUGCUCCAGAUUGUGGCAAGGCUUGCUAGACCGA